UAGAACUAAAUUUUCUGAUUAUUUUGUUUUAAUUUUUCAUAAAACAUUUUUUUCUUCUGGUUUUCCGGAGAGGGAGAGGAAAGAGGCGACCUUUCGAACAAACAACUGUUUUCUGUUCUGUGCGGCAGCUCAUAUAAUUAUUUUUAUUUUUGAUCCGGUAAAGCGAGAGCGUUAUACAGGGCACGCAAUAAGGAUUCUUGCCGGAGGAAUUAUUAUUCUUCACUGUUUCAGUGUCGCCGGAAUUGGACUUCCAGCGAUCUCGUUUUCGGCAGAAUAAGGGAGGGUUGGUUGAUUUGAUUGGUGGCCGGGGGUUGGGUUUUGAAGAGAUUCCGGGGAAGAUGGUGAAUCCUAUGGUGGAACGGGCUACGAGCGACAUGUUGAUCGGGCCUGAUUGGGCUAUGAAUAUCGAGAUCUGCGACAUGUGCAACCACGACCCUGGGCAAGCAAAAGAUGUGGUUAAAGGAAUAAAGAAGCGCCUUGGAAGUAAGAAUGCCAAAGUUCAACUUCUUGCUUUGACAUUAAUGGAGACUAUCAUAAAGAAUUGCGGGGAUAUCGUCCACAUGCAAGUGGCAGAGAGAGGUUUGCUCCAUGACAUGGUGAAAAUAGCGCGGAAAAAGCCUGACCUUCAUGUCAAGGAGAAGGUUCUGAUUCUGAUAGAUACAUGGCAAGAAGCUUUUGGAGGGCCAAGGGCAAGAUAUCCUCAAUAUUAUGCAGCAUACCAGGAGUUGUUGAGAGCUGGGGCAGUGUUUCCUCAGAGAUCGGAGCAAACAGCUCCGGUUUUCACACCUCCACAAACACAACCAUUAUCAUCAUAUCCGAAGAAUCUGCGGAAUCCUGAUGCGAGACCGGAGCCAGCUGAAUCCUCUGAGUCUGAGUUCCCAACCUUGAGCUUAUCGGAAAUCCAAAAUGCACGUGGUAUCAUGGAUGUCCUGGCAGAAAUGCUUAGUGCUAUAGAUCCGGGAAACAAAGAGGGUCUAAGGCAGGAAGUCAUAGUUGACCUAGUGGAUCAGUGUCGCACAUACAAGCAAAGAGUGGUACACCUUGUUAAUUCGACAGCGGAUGAAUCACUGCUAUGUCAAGGUUUGGCACUUAAUGAUGACUUGCAGCGUGUUUUAGCCAAACAUGAAGCCAUUUCUUCAGGAACUGUUCUUCCGAAGGAUAAGCCAAAGACGGAUACUCAACCUAGUGGGAGUCUAGUUGAUGUUGAUGGUCCUCUAGUUGAUGUUGCGGGUGCCAAACAGUCUAAUCAGGAAUCUCCUUCGAGUUCAAGUGGAGCCAAUCAGCCACUGAACCAGCUAUUGCUUCCUGCACCCCCCACGAGCAAUGGUCCAGCCACUCCAUCAACAGCAGCCAAUCCUAAGAUGGAUCUGUUAAGUGGUGAUGACUUCAGUUCCCCAAAGGCUGGUGACACAUCACUUGCUCUUGUUCCUGUAGGUGAAACACAGGCCACUACUUCUCCUUCUCAGCAGAAUGCACUUGUCCUGUUCGACAUGUUCUCCGACAAUCAACCAAACGGUGUUGCAAACAAUCCUGCCAAUGCUAACAUGCAGCCUACUCCAUUCGAUGGUCAAAAUAACACUAUGACCCAGCAAUUCCAACCACAGCAAAAUUUCCAACCUCCAGAACAACCUGCGAUGUACCCUAAUGGAACCACGCCGAAUAUGGGAUCACCAUUCAUGCAAGGUGCUGUCCCUGCCUGGAAUGGACAGCUCACCCAGCAGCCUCAACAGCCCGUCUCUCCAGUUUACGGUUCAAAACCCGACGGCUCGCUACCUCCACCACCAUGGGAAGCUCAGCUAGCAGCAGAUGGCAUUGGAAGCCCAGUAGCAGGAUCUCAAUACCCAUCACAGCCCAUGCAAGUCACUCAGGUGGUCGUCACCCACAGUCAGCCACUGACCAACCCUAUGCACCCGAUGGGACCAAUGGGAACCGAUCCGGGAGUGGGAAUCUAUAUCCAACCAGUUACAAGCGCCCCGAUGUCACCCAUGAGCAAUUCGGCAGCUGGAGGACAGGGCAACCCAUAUUUUGGAAUGCAGUAUCCCCAGCAAGCCGGAGGGGGGCAGUACAUUGGGAUGGGAAUGGCCCCACAGUUACCAAUGUAUCCUCAACAGCAACAGCAGCUGCAGCAGCAGCAGCAGCUACAGCUACAGCAACAGCAACAGCAGCAGAUGUAUAGCAACCAAAUGGCAGGAUAUGGAGGAUAUGGUGGUGGUAUGUACGGACAGCAACCGCAGCAACUUCAGCUGACACCUCAACAGCAGCGGUACCUAGAGCAGAAAAUGUAUGGAAUGUCGGUGAGAGACGACAGCAGCUUGAGAAGCUCGUCUUCUUACGGGCUACCUUCAUCGAACUCUUCGUCUAUGGUCCCAAAGCCAUCAAAGCCGGAAGAUAAGCUGUUUGGUGAUCUGGUCGACCUUACCAAGUUCAAGCCGGCGAAAACCCCAGGGGGUAGUAUGUGACAUCUCCAUCGGUGACUGCUUUCCUAUUCUUUUUUGUUAUAGCUUUUCUGGGUUUUUUCUCUUCAUUCCCUCGAUCAGCUUCUGUUGUUUUACCAAGUAGUUUGGUAAUAACUUGCAUCUUCUUGCUUCUUCAUAUGUUUGUUUCACUUUGAUUACAUGUAUUCCUUGGCGUUUUGGUCCUCCCUCAUAAGUUUUGGUCCUGGCCUGGCUAUAAUAAUCACUUUCUGUACAUGAUUGUUGUUUAGAGAGAGGGAGAGGGAGAGGGAGAGAGAGUGAGAGAGGGAACCUUCAAAUAUAUACUGCAGAAGGGCAUCUGGUUUUUUAUUUUUUUCCCCUAUUACUGCUCUUGUUCCUGAUCAAUGUUGUGAAUAGGGGUAGUGGUUUGGUUUUUUGGUUUUAAUCGAAACGGUUUAUCGGUUUUUCUUUACGAUUUCGCUUAAAUCGGAAAUCGUUAAUAAACCGAUAAAAGUAGACAAGCUCUUAAUGCAAUC